GCUGGGGGCUCUUGUCCGCAUAAAUCAUGUCAGAUUAUCUGCUAAACAGUCGUAGAAUCACAGAAGGGGUUGGUUGGAAGAGACCUUAAAGAUCAUUUCGUUCUAGAUCCUGUCAUGGCAGAGACACGUUCCACUAGAUCAGAUUGCUCAGAGCCCUAUUUAACCUGGCCUUGAACACUUGCAGAGAUGGGGCAGCCACAGCUUCUCUGGGCAGCCUGUUCCGUCCUCAGUUCCUCUUGUCCUACCCGGUACAGGACCUCUAACCAUGAUCAGUGGCCUUUCCUAGGACUGAGCUGGAGCCUGAAGUGUAGAUGGAAGUGCUUUUAUAUUUUGGCUCAUAUAAUCUGGUGUUUGCAGAAAUCUUAAGGCUUUUACAUGAAGAAGCACCUUUGCAGCAGCCACCUGUUUUUAUAUAUGAAGUUGUGGAUUUUCUAAGCUGCAGUGCUUAAAGGAAAUGCUUCACUUAGACUCAAGUCAAAUACAGUCUACUGUGAAGCUUUGCAGCCAAGAUUUUAUGUCAUGGAAUGCUACAGAGACAAGGUGGUGCAAGGCAAUAAAGAUUGUGAACAAUCUGUUUCCCACCCUCAUCCUUCUUCUAGGAAAGCUUACUUGGCUUUUGUUCAGGCAGUAUUAAAAAUAAUAGUGUAUCUGCUGUCCAGAACAUUAGAAGAUAGAAAAUGUCAAUCAUUAGACAAAUACUUCUACUCCUUAUUUACAGGUUUUGAUGUUGCAAAGACGGGUGAUGCCCGCAUUGGGUUUGUGGGUUUUCCAUCAGUGGGGAAAUCCACUCUUCUAAGUAAUCUUGCUGGUGUGUAUUCUGAAGUGGCAGCCUAUGAAUUCACUACACUGACUACUGUUCCUGGAGUCAUUAGGUACAAAGGAGCAAAGAUCCAGCUGCUUGAUCUGCCAGGAAUUAUUGAAGGUGCCAAAGAUGGUAAAGGCAGAGGACGGCAGGUCAUUGCAGUUGCUCGAACUUGUAAUCUCAUUCUGAUUGUUCUGGACGUGCUGAAACCUCUUGGCCACAAGAAAAUAAUUGAGAAUGAACUGGAGGGAUUUGGAAUUCGUCUGAAUAGUAAGCCCCCCAAUAUUGGCUUUAAAAAAAAGGAUAAAGGAGGCAUUAACCUUACAGCCACAUGUCCUCAGAGUGAGCUGGAUACUGAGACAGUGAAGAGCAUCUUAGCAGAGUACAAAAUCCACAAUGCUGACGUCACACUGCGCAGCGACGCCACUGCCGAUGACCUGAUUGACGUUGUGGAAGGAAACAGGGUUUACAUCCCAUGCAUUUAUGUCCUAAAUAAAAUUGACCAAAUUUCCAUUGAAGAGCUAGAUAUCAUUUACAAAGUACCCCACUGUGUACCGAUAUCUGCUCAUCAUCGCUGGAACUUUGAUGAUCUGCUGGAGAAAAUCUGGGACUACUUGAAACUAGUCCGAAUCUACACCAAACCUAAAGGGCAGCUCCCAGACUACAGCUCUCCUGUGGUGCUACCUUCCUGCAAGACCACAGUGGAGGAUUUUUGCAUGAAGAUCCACAAAAAUCUCAUAAAAGACUUUAAAUAUGCACUGGUCUGGGGUUCAUCUGUUAAACACAACCCUCAAAAAGUUGGUAAAGACCAUACUCUUGAAGAUGAGGACGUUAUUCAGAUUGUGAAGAAAUAAACUUAUUCUUACAUGGUUUGCUGUGCCUGA